CUUCCUUGCUGGUUAGUGGUUGUGGGGCAGUGCAGACAGGUGGGAGUGAACGCGGCUCUCUUUCGUCGAUCUCUCCGUCACCGCUUUUUUCUUGUGCGGGUGUCCCCCAAGGCAGGAUGACCUUACUGAAGAAAUGUUGCGGCUGCGAUCUGCGGAUCGGGUCACUCAUCAUAGGAGUGAUUUCCUUCCUGCUGAUCGGCGUAGGCCAGCUGAUCAUGGCCAUCUACUGCCUCCUCAACAUCAAGGAGACGCGGAAGAGGCUCAAAUUCAACAAUGCUGUCACCUUCGGCAUCGUGGACCCCGACUCUGAUGCUGCUGCCUACAUCUUCUUCGCCAUCCUGCUGUUAGUGGCCUGCAUCUACAUCAUCUCCUCACUGGUCCUUAUUCACGGCGUCCGCACAAAGAGAAGGUUCCUGCUGCUGCCGUGGGUCUUCUUCACCUUCCUCAACAUGGUGAUGGCCUUCUCUGGCGGCAUCCUCGCCCUCAUCAACUCCCACGGCUACGCUCUGCCCAUCGUCGUCGGCUGCAUCGUGCUCGUCAUCAGCAUCAUCUGGAUAUAUUUCACCUGUGUUGUGUUUAGCUUCUUCCAGGCACUGCAGGACGGGGACUACUGGUGAUUCUCUCUCUCUCUCUCUCUCUCUCUCUCUCUCUCUCUCUCUCUCUCUCUCUCUCUCUCUCUCUCUCUCUCUCUCUCUCUCUCUCUCUCUCUCUCUCUCUCUCUCUCUCUCUCUCUCUCUCUCUCUCUCUCUCUCUCUCUCUCUCUCUCUCUCUCUCUCUCUCUCUCUCUUCUCUCUUUCAACUCGUUCUUUGUCCCUCCUCUCCCUCCCUCUUCCUCUUUCUCUCACUUCCUCCCUCUUCUUUUCUUUUAUCGCCUCUCAGUUCUUACAUCAGUGUCUUUUUAUCCAGUUUUUGUUGCUUUGUCUUCCUUUAUUUAAUUACCAACUUUUUUUUUCAUCUUCAGCAUUUCACUUCCUUAUUUUUGUGUGUUAAUGGCUCUUUUAAAAAUUUCUAAGUCUCUCAAUAAUUGCUACUCCACUUUGUUUAUUCUCCUUCCUCAUUCCUUCCUCAUGAAUUUUGUUUACGAUGCUCUUUUUUUUCAUAUUAUCUACCUUUUUUUUUUUUUUUUUUUUUUUUUUUUUUUUUUUUUUUUUUUUUUGUAUU